AUGGUGCUGAUAAAAUUCUUAACUGUGUUCUUAAGUCUUAUAACUUUAUCAAUUUGUGCAAAUAUUCUGGCUGUAUUUGAGCUUCCAUAUUAUAGCCAUCAGAGUUUUCCAAGAACCCUAAUGAAAGAAUUGGCUUUACGUGGUCAUCAUCUAACAAUUCUUUCUUCAAUUCCUUAUGAAUAUAACAAUUCAAAUGUUACACAAAUUCAUUUAAAAGAAGGUCCUAAAGUGUAUGGUGGUUUAGUGAAUCAACUUCUAUAUAAGAAAAUUUCUUUUCCUGCACUAUGGAUAUUGAAUGAGUUAAAUGCUCAUUCAGAAUUGACAAAAGAAAACUUGAAAAGCGAAGAAGUUCAGAAUUUGAUAAGAAAUGCAAAGAAAAAUGAUUUUGAUUUGUUAUUAAUCGAGUGUGUAGAUGUUUGUCCAAUGCUUGCAUUUGCUGAACUUUACGACUGCCCGGCCAUUGUUUCAACAGCUUUUGCUAUGCCUUUUAUGUUACUUGAAACUUUGGGCAAUGACGUUAAUCCAGUGAUUCAUCCAGAAAGCAUUGCAUGUCCGUUGAUGUACGGAAAUUUAUCACUUUUUGAGAGACUGCAAUCAUUCUUCUUUUACAUUGGUCAUCACUGGUUUGCGAAACAUUUUUUCAACCUUAAGAGUUAUUUUCACAUAAAAAAAUACUUUCCGAAUCUAAAUGUUUCGCAGAAACAACUCGAGGAACGAAUUGCAUUUAUAUUUUCAAAUACUUUGACAAAUGUUCGUCCAUUCUUACCGAAUACAAUAGAAACAAGCUUCAUGCAAAUUGAAAUACCAAAGCCACUUCCUGAAGGUGAUUUAAAGACAUUUCUAGAUGAUUCAGAAGAAGGAAUUAUUCUUAUGAGCCUUGGGUCAUACACAGAAUCAAAAGAUUUAGACACAAAUGUCGUUGAUGUCUUUCGAAAUCCUAGCACUGCAAACACUUUGGUUCGUAAAGGUGUUGCAGUCAACUUAGAUCUCUUCUCUUUAAAUGAAGAAAAAUUGCGUAAUGCGAUUUUUGAAAUAGUUAAGCUGAAAUAUAAAAGAAACAUUCAAGAACUGCGUCGUCAAAUUCAUGAUCAACCGAUGAGUGGACUUGAGAAAGCUGUUUGGUACACUGAAUUUGUGAUUCGUAAUAAAGGCGCUAAAUUUUUAACUUACCCAGCCCGGGAUGUUCCAUUUUAUAAACAACAUCACUAUGACAUUUUGCUGAUCAUAUCAUUUGCUAUUUAUCUUACAUUUAAAGCGCUGAAAGCCAUCAUGCCAAUGUUUCCUAAAUCUCACAGCAUGUCGCCUUUAACAGCGAAGAAAAGCGAUUAA